GAGCUCAAACAUUCGAAUCGGCCGAGCUGCAGGAAUCAGAGUCCAGGCUCAAAUUUGGGCGACAUCUCAGCACUGGCCCGCAUCGCAGCCCGCAGCGAACGGAGAAGAGGCCAGCAGCCAGCGGCUAGCACUAGCCACCAGCAGCAGCAGCAGAAGCACUAGUCUGCGCUAUAGUUGCUUUACAGUAUUUCCCGAGAAUAUUUUACUGAUUCAUUCCUCGCGACGACGACGACGACGACGACUACUGACCGACUGACUGUAGCGAGCGAGCGAGCGAGAGAAGUGGGAAGCGGUUUCUGAUCGUCGUCCAUCCGUUGCUGUGCUGGGGCUGGGCUGGAAUCGUUCCGAAGCGUGCCAUCUGUGGCGAGAGAGUAGCUUCGACUGGGAGAGUUUGUUUGUCUGGUUGUUUGUUUUUCUCUGUUCAUUCCCUUCGGAUUUGGCUCGCCCGGCGAUACGAUAGUCAGCUCGGACCUCUCGGCGCCUCCUUCUAUGCUACCACUGCUGCUGCUACUACUACUACGACUACUACUCCGUCGCACUAGCAGCACCAGCACCAGCACUAGCACUAGCAAUAGCAAUAGCACCAGCAGCAGCACUAGGCCCGCAUCGAUCCUCGUCGAGUUUUAGAAAGUCUUUUGGAUCCGUCCCUCUAUUAAUAGCCUUCAUAAAAGUCCGGGUUGCUCUCUCAGUCAUCUCCAGACACGCAGAGGCUGAAGAGCGCGCGAGUGGCCGCAGAGCUGGGCUCCAGCGAGCGAGCGAGAGAGCGCACAGCUCGGAUUUCCUCUCUGUUAUCUGUCCACUUACAUCCUCUGCAUCCUCCCCAAGCUCAGCCCAGCCCAGCCCGGCGAGAGAGCGAGAGAGAGAAAGAGAGCGAGAGUGUGUGCGAGAGGAGAAGCAAAAGGUGAGGGAGGGGAGCGAGGAAGAAGAGAGAACUGGUGCGAGAGUCGUCGGAGGUCCAGAUUUUUCUGGGUCCUGACAGCCAGUGCGCGAGGCAUCACCCCCAGUCCGCUACAACGGGGCUGUUUAGUUAUCGAUUGCGGAGCUCCAACCAUAGAACGAUGCAUAUUCCUAGCUUGGAUGGUGCAGGAGGGGAACCUCCUGCGGCUCUCGUGUUGGGGGCCGAACCGCCCACGAGCUUCGUGUGCAGGAGCGGCGUGCUGCUCUGGGGCCAAUUGAACACCGUCAUCCAGGGCGCUAAUUCUCUCAAGCUCGACACCAGCGAGAAGCCUGCGGAAAUUGGCUGCACCGGCAACAUCGUUCAGCACGCAUUUCGCUUCAAGGCUGCUGCCAAGAAGGGUCGCUGGAGGGUGGAGUCCGCGUACAUGGGCGACAGGCGAAUCGGCUUCGUGUGCUUCCAUGAGGACGUUGAUGGCGUGGACAUCCUCAGGCGAGCGACGAACGUGGGAAUUUCGAAGCACAACGACCACGAGGAUUCCGAGAUCGUGUAUGUGAAUGAGUACGACUGGUCGCUGCACCACGGCCCCAACGUGGAGCUCAUUCUUCAAACCCUGGGGAUCGAUGAGAACGACAAAUUCGCCAGAAUGGUCGACGGCAAGGAUUACUACAGCAAUCUGGUGGCCACUCGGUUCAUGCUCCUGGACGAGCAAGGAUUCCAGCCUCUGAUCAGGGCUUUGAAGAAUGGCGUCAAAUUGCACCCGCGCAAUUACCUGCUGGCCGAAACGCCGGCAGCUGGGACACUCGGGGAUGUAGAUUCCAACACCUUCGGAGUCCACUUGUCUCUUGGCGAGGACGAGGAUGGCUGGGAGAGAGGCUGGAUGGCUUUCAGCGGAGGGGUUCUCGUAGGAUUCGUCUACGACGGCGACAACACUUGCUUGGAUCUCGAGAGCACCACCCAACUCUCCCUGGGAAACACCAUCGUCGAGGGAGAGCUGAGGCGGAUAGAGGACGACGAGGACGACGACGAAGAAGAAGGUGCCGAGGCCAUGGAGGAAGAAGACGACGACGGCUGCGAGGGAGCAGACAGCGACGACGACAGCGACUGACCGAACAAAUCCACCGACUGGUUUCCCCCUCCCCGCCCUUCCACAGGCACGAAUCAACAUCUUGCAAGUGGACGAGAGUGCGUGGGGUCGCUUCGAAAGGCCAGUGUGUCUCCUCCCACCUCUCUCGAGCACGACAGCGCGGGGUUCGGGGUUCAGGGUUCAGCUGCAAGCAAGUCUGAGCCAAUUUUGUGGAACUAGCGAUAGGCAAAUUCUGGUGGAGAAAUUUUGAUCCUUAGAAGCAGCGACGAGCAACUUAAGUUGUCUUUGGUGCUACAGGAAUUCGAGUACUGUAGUUGCAUCUACCGGUUUACAUAGUCGUCAUUCAGUCAGUCAGUCGUCAGUCAGGCAGGCCCAUAGACGCAGCCAUUUUGCUACUCUUGUUGAGUUUUUGAUGAGCUUAUCUUGUAUAUAACGGCAUGUUCGGAUUCUUAUCCUCC